AUGGCGAUGGUGACGAGGAGUUCCAGUACAUCUCGUAGGAAGUCAUAUGUGGCAUUAACACCACCCCCACGCGACCAUUUCCCGGGGGGCGCGGCAUUGGAAGAAGUUGUGCAUGACAAAUCCAACGGGAAUCGAAGCUAUAUCCGCAAAUUCACCGUCCUACCGGAGAGCUUAGUUGUACGUUCUAUCUCGCAGCUGCCCUGUCUCCGGCGGGUUAUCUGGCGGCGGAGGAGCCGGACCCACGAGUACAACGUGCGCGCCAUUGCGAACCCAUUCCAGCGAGAUGCGGUUCUCAUCCAGACACGGGGUCAGCAAGUGUACUCCGACAUCGACAUGUGCACUAGGUGCCAGUCGGGGUUAGGGCCGUUCUCGACAUGUGUGGUUGCCAGGACGAGCAAUGGUGAAUAUCCCAGCUCUGGAGCCUGUGGGAACUGUAUAUGGCGUGGCCUGGCCUGUAAAUGCUCCUUCCGCGAUGCUUUCAACGGAGACAGUGAAGAGGAGUGGCAACAUGAAAGCGAAGACGAAGAUGAGGACGAAGAUGACGAAGAUGACGAAGAUGACCACGAAGAAAAUGAAGAACAAGAAUCAUAUUUACAGAGUCCCCCACCCUCGCCAGAUUCCAAGACCAGGACAAUCCACCGAAUAACCAAGGCCGCCUCUAAAAAGCCACCUAGGCCGUUGUCGAAGUCAAACAGCCGCAUCAAAAGCAAAAACCGUCCCCAGCAAGCGGAGCCACGGACGGCCUCGAGAGCCAAAGGACACAGCAGUGUUGCCGUUGUUAUUCCGUCUCCGUCGAAGAGCACGGGCAAGGGAAUCGGCAAGGGAAUCGGAAAGAAAACAAAGCCAGCAGGGCAAAAGUACUUCAAAAUCCCGGCAGGUUUGUCCCCGAACACAGCAGAAGAUAUCCGGCAUGCCAUUGAUGAGCUCAACGCAAUCCGCACAAAGCUAUACGCCCGCCUUGAGCUGCUGGAGUGUGUGCAGCUGGCCGGCUGGGAGUAGGGACAGGAUAAGGGCGUUGGGCCGGCCAAUGAAGGAUCAAAAAAUUUUCCCCAUUCGCGGAAUUUUGCCUCGCUUUUGAACCUCACUCCGCAGCGGGUACGAGGGCGCGCGAACAAGAAGAGCACGCGAUGGAUCGCGCGGGGGUGAUAGCGGUUAUUGGUCAUAGCAUAGCAUCCCCCUGGUCGAAUUUUUUUGGAGCUAGAUACUCCCUUGAUAGAUAGUGAUGUAGUUAGUUAGGCGUGAUAAUAGAGGAACGGCAAUUUAGGAAUAUAUCAG